CAGCCUUUAGUCCUGUUCGGGAAAUAAUAGCUACUACAUAAUAAUAAUAAUAUUUCUAAUAACGCGCUUUGCUCAGAUAAACAUCUCAUUCAGUGUGUAAAAGAAGAUGGCUGCCCAGGAAGUGCAGCCGAGUGAGACCAUCGCGAAGCUGAAAUCCGAGUCGGAGACUCUGAAGACGAAGCUGGAAGAGGAGCGGGCCAAGCUGCAUGAUGUGGAGUUGCACCAGGUGGCAGAGAAGGUGGAGUCUCUCGGCCAGUUCGUCAUGAAGACCAGGAGAACUCUGAAAGGACAUGGCAAUAAAGUGCUUUGCAUGGACUGGUGUAAAGACAAGAGGAGAAUUGUGAGCUCGUCCCAGGAUGGAAAGGUGAUUGUGUGGGAUGCGUUUACAACCAACAAGGAGCAUGCCGUGACCAUGCCAUGUACAUGGGUGAUGGCCUGUGCUUAUGCACCGUCUGGGUGUGCAGUAGCAUGUGGUGGUCUUGACAACAAGUGUUCGGUGUACCCAUUAUCCAUGGAUAAGAAUGAGAACCUGGCAGCGAAGAAGAAAUCCGUGGCAAUGCACACCAAUUACUUGUCUGCCUGCAGCUUCACCAACUCAGAUAUGCAGAUCCUGACAUCAAGUGGUGAUGGAACAUGUGCAUUGUGGGAUGUGGAAAGUGGGCAGCUGCUCCAGAGUUUCCAUGGUCAUGCAGCUGAUGUGCUUUGCCUGGACCUUGCUCCCUCUGAGACCGGCAACACCUUUGUCUCUGGGGGCUGUGAUAAAAAGGCAAAUGUAUGGGACAUGCGCUCAGGACAGUGCAUCCAGUCAUUUGAGACCCAUGAGUCAGAUAUUAACAGUGUGCGAUACUAUCCGAGUGGGGACGCAUUUGCCUCUGGCUCAGAUGAUGCUACUUGUCGUCUGUAUGACCUGAGGGCCGAUAGAGAAGUGGCAAUUUAUUCUAAGGAGAGCAUCAUAUUUGGAGCUUCCAGUGUAGACUUCUCUCUCAGUGGCAGACUACUAUUUGGUGGCUACAACGACUACACCAUUAACGUGUGGGACGUUCUAAAGGGAACUCGCGUAUCCAUUUUGUUCGGACACGAGAACAGAGUCAGUACCCUUCGCAUCUCUCCAGAUGGGACCGCGUUCUGCUCAGGGUCCUGGGACCACACUUUACGUGUCUGGGCUUGAACAGCAGCUUGCAUUGCCUACUUGGAUCUGUUUGGCAUUGACAUCAACAGCAACAUUUACUAGAACAACUAUUAACUUAAAGUGUUGGAUUUAUAAGAAAUGCACAGUAGAGUAGAACAGGGUUGAAGAGAGACUAGUCUAUACAGACGAGCACAAUGUUAUUUAGAUUUUUUUGUAUGUAUGUAUGUAUAUGUGUGUGUGUGU